AGUUGCAAACUGAGACGUGAAAAAAGUUUUGGCUGGACUGCUAAAUUUGAAAGAUGUCAGUGUUGAUUUGUUAGGAUAGUUUAAAUGUUUAUAAUAUGGACGAUACAACUUAUCGAAUAUACGAAGAGGCAUCAAGAUGCCUGGAAGAAGCUGUGAAAGAGGCAGAAAAGCCUUCCAAUGUGGACAUACAGUUGUUGUUGUCAAAUGUUCAACAUUCCCAGAGUAUGAUAUUGGGACUGGCACAACAUGAGCCUAAUGAGCCCUUCAAGACAGCUUUACAUCAGCUAGCUCAGACAUUGGAAGGACAGAGUAACCUACUGUUUGCAAAGAUGAGACAACUGGAUCAGCAACAAAAUGAGCAAAAGAAGACCUCACCAAGGAAGAGACGCACCAAGGAAGAAGACAUAGAGUGCAGUACUCAUGCUAGUGGAGACAGUGCAGAGAAGUUUAACAGAUCGCUGGCUAUUGAGGAAACCAUCGUAAGAAAGAGCAGCAUCAAAUUCAGUGAUGUGGCAGGGUUAUAUGAGGCAAAACAAGCUCUGCGAGAAGCUAUCAUUAUGCCACUUCAGUAUCCACAAUUAUUCACAGGUGGAAGAAAGCCGUGGAAGAGGAUAUUACUGUAUGGUCCCCCGGGUACUGGCAAAUCCCGCUUAGCACAAGCUGUCUCCGCAGAGAUCCAGUCUGCCUUCUACAGCGUCUCCAGUGCUGAUCUAGUCUCUAGCUGGGUUGGGGAGAGUGAAAGGCUUGUCAAAGAGCUGUUCCAUCAUGCUACAAAACAAGAUGGCAGAUCGGUGAUUUUUAUUGAUGAAAUUGACAGCGUCUGUCGUCAGCGGAGCUCUCGUGAAGAGGAGCACACUCGACGAAUCAAAACUGAACUUCUGAAGCAGAUGGAAGGGGCAGACAACUCUAACCAGUCUGACAAAAUCUUUCUGCUGUGUGCCACCAACUGUCCUUGGGAGUUGGACCCGGCAUUUCUCCGCAGGUUCCAGAAGAGAAUUUACGUCCCCUUACCAGACAAGUGUGCUCGUCUGGUUCUGUUCAAGAUCCAUGCUCGUGAUAACACCAUGGCCCUGGUGGAGAAAGAGUGGCAGGAGUUAGCGGAGCGCACCGAAGGUUUCUCCGGGAGUGAUAUCGCCACCCUCACCCUGGGGGCACUGUUUGAACCAGUCAGGGACCUACAGUCAGCCACACACUGGAGGACACUGCCCAAUGGGAAGCUAACGCCUUGUAAUCCGUCCUUUCCAAGAGCUAAACAGGCAAACAUGACAGACCUUCCUGCAGAUCGGAUUCAACCACGUGAUGUUUUGAUGUCUGAUUUCCUGAGGUCCAUUCACACCCACCGAACCACAGUCACAGAGACAGAACUGAAGAAAUUCCACGAGUUUACAGCAACUUUCGGACAGCAUGGCUAAUAUUAUGACAUUACUCUCAUUUUCCUUUCAUGAUGAAAGAACUGAAGUGGCGUGGGAGAAUGUAUUUGGCCUUCAUGUAAGAUGACUUGAGUGACUCAAGCACAAUUUAUACUCAUUGUGAGAAAUGCCUUAAAGAUGUGCUUUGAUGUUUGUUUGAAGGGUACUUGUAGGACGAUGUCAUACUGGAAAAGUACGUUUCAGCAUCAAAAGUAUUAUUUUACGACCCUUAUUUGCAUCUAAAAUUACAUCUAUUUGAGUGAAGUGUUAGGUCAUAUACUAGCGCAGGUUUUGAGUUGAAAGCCAUAUCCUGUCAGACCAGUUUUCACGUUCAUUAUAUCCCUCUCUGUAAAUACAUUUUGGUUUGAUUUUCUUUGUAUAAAAAUGAACGGAAAUUCACCUGCAAUGUAUACUGCACUAUUCUGUCAAAAACCUUGUAAGACCUUCUGUAUUUUCCCCAAAGAACUUGCCUAAAAAUGACAUUCUCGGGUUCAUAUUAGGAUCAUGAAAUACUACUUUCAAUACAUUUAUUUGUCCCUAAUUUUUUAGAGAUUAAUGAUGUCCUGGACAAAGACACUUAUUGUAUUUCUUGAAGAUUUUAUAAUAAGUCAACAUAAUAUUAUACCAGUAUAGAACAUGCAUAAUUGUUGUAACUUCCAAGCUCUUAUGGGUUUGUUAUAUUUUCUUCUGAAACAUUGAUUUAUUUAUUCUCUGAAUUUGACAGUAACACUAUGCAAGUUUAUAUUGCAUAACUCCCAGUCUCUAUACAUUCCACAGAAAAUUGUGAAUAGAAUUACUUGUUCCUUGUUACCUUUUGUUUGAAUUAAAAUUAAAUGAUAAUUUUACAGUGCGAAAGUUUCAACUGAUACUUAUUUCAUUGAAGAUAUACAUUUCAUGGAACAUGUGGGCUUUUAAUAUAAAUGUAAUAAUAAACAAAAGUGUAAUGUAUUUUG